CGAAGUCCCAACCAAACCUUCACUCGCAGAGAAGGCAUUUCUCUUGCAGCUGGCAAACAUCGAGAGAGAGAGAGAGAGAGAUAGAGAGAGAGAUGUUCUAAAUGCCGGCCUCAAAGGUCAAGAGUCUGAGUUCACUGUUCCGAUUGGCCGCAGAGAAAACCGUCAAAUCCGUUUCCAAGGAGUCUUCCAAGGAAGUAAACCUAAAACGAAUCAUUCCUUCGCUCGAUCCCUCUUCUUCCGCCUUCGCUUCAUCCGACCGCGUCAUUGAAUCACUGAAAGCGUUUUCGCGCUCUAAACGCAUGCCUGAUUCCGAAGCAGUUUGCAUCGACACCUCCAAGUUAGACGGAGCGCCCCCUUCCGACAAUCCAGAAAAGGAACUGACAAAAGAAAUAUCUUCAAUAUUAUGUGGUGACAUAUCCUUGGUUCGAACUUGCUCACCAGAUUCAUCAAUGGUCAAUAAUGAUCAACGGAUGGAAAGUCAUUUGGAAAUACCAUGGUUCUCAAGCAAUCUUCCCACAGACACCUCAAUCCAUCAGAAAGAAAUAUCGCGUUGUAGGAAGCAGAAGUGGAUUUUUAGAAACACCCAAACUCGUCGUUUUGAUCGGUUAAUCAGAUUGUGUGCCGAAAAGCUGGGAGCAAGCACUACCCUUCAGGUUUUGGGGAAAUUGGGACGAGAAUCUGGGGUCAAAGAAUAUAACGCGUUAAUUGGGAUUUGCAUAGACGAAGCCAGAAAGAUUGAUGAUGAAGAAGUUUUGCUAAAACAGAUAUACAAAGCAUAUCAACUGUUUAAGUCAAUGUGUGAACAGGGCUUUCAGCUAGAUGAAGAAACUUAUGGCCCACUUCUUAUGUUUUUAAUUGACAUGGAGAUGGUUGAAGAAUUCCAAGUUUUCUGUGGAGUUAUCCGCAAUGAGAAUCCAGAUUCAAUAUCAAGAUUAGCUUACUAUGAGAUGCUGCUUUGGAUUAGAGCUGGUAAUGAUGAUAGAAUAAAAGAGCUUUGUGAUUAUAUUGCAUCUAAUGAUGAUGAUGACCAACACAACUUCAGAGAAAAUUAUUUAUUGGCAUUAUGUGAUAGUGACCGGAAGGAGGAGCUUUUGACACUACUGGAAAUCAUUGACAUAACAAAAUUUAAGUUCCUGCAUCUGACAAAUAUCUUUAAGUCCAUGGGGAGGCUUUUUUUGGAGUCAUUCAUGGAGAAAUUUAUUUUGGCACUAAAGAGCUGUGAUAUUGGAGCAGAAAAUAUCUCAGACUUGAUCUAUAAUUAUGCAGUUAGUGUGCCAAAUUUAGCGGUUGAAGAUGUUAUUUCUAAAUUCAACCGUCUGCAUGAGAAAUUGGAGUUGUUGCCUUGUUCUGCAUCAUAUACGAAGCUCAUUAGUUACUGCUGUGAUUCAUCGAAGGUGCAUGUGGCUCUUGAUGUAUUAGAUCAGAUGCCUGAAGCAGGUUUAAGUUUGUCAAUAGAGACAAUUCAUUCCAUGUUACAUGCUUGUGAGGAGAGUUGUGACUACAAUUUGGUUCAUCGGAUCUACUUGCUGAUUUGUCAACAUAACUUGAAGCCAAGUGCAGAGACCUUCAGGAGCAUGAUAAAUUUGUGUGCCAGGAUGAAAGAUUUUGCAGGUGCAUACAACAUGAUCAAGGAUUCUGCAGAAAUGAAUUUGAGGCCUACAUCAGGCAUGUAUAAUUCAAUAAUGGCAGGAUUUUUCCGAGAGAAAAACACUUUUGGCGCUUUGAUGGUUCUCAAAAAAAUGGAAGAUGCAGGUGUGAAGCCUGAUUCUGAUACUUUCAUGUAUCUUAUAGGGAACUGUGACCGAGAGGAGGAUAUUGCUAAGUACUAUGAAGAAUUGAAGCACUCUGGAGUUAAAAUUUCAAAACAAAUCUUCAUGGCACUUAUAAAUGCAUAUGCUGCUUGUGGACAGUUUGAGAAGGCAAAGCAGGUAGUCUUGGACAAAAGAGUCCCUAUAAAGAGUUUAAGUGAAAUCAAAAGUGUGCUUGUAUCAGCUCUUGUAUCAAAGGGGCACAUUUCUGAUGCGCUUAAUAUAUAUGAAGAAAUAAAAGAUGCGGAAUGCAAUCUGGAGCCCAAAUCUGUUGUAUAUCUUAUGGAGGGCCUUCAAACUGAAGGAGAGUUGAGUAGAUUGCUUCAGCUACUUGAUGAAUUAAAGGAUCCAGGUUUUUGGAUUGAUGGCUGCUUCACGACCAUUUUAUAUUGUGUACAAUACAAGCAUCUAGAUUCUAUUGUUCAUUUGCUGAAGCAACUGAAAGAUAAGUUUUCUGAUGAUGAUGCUGGAAGAGAAGUUCUUUUUGACGAGGUAUUCUGUAAAAUUGCCGAGACAGAACCUAUAGAUGUGCAGUUUGGCCUGGAUUUGCUUCAAGCCAUUAAGGAAGAGCUGCUUGUUCGCCCUUCCCGAAAAAGUCUUGAUUUUCUACUUGGUGCCUGUGUCAAUGCCAAGGAUUUGCAUGGUUCUCGUUUAGUUUGGAAAGAAUAUCAGACAGCUGGUCUUCCUUAUAAUGGUUUCAAUUACUUAAGGAUGUAUCAGGCCCUCUUGGCAUCGGGGGAUUAUAAAUCUGCAAAAGACAUGCUGAAGAAAGUACCAAAACAUGAUGCCCAAGUUCGCUGUCUCAUCAAAGCAUGCCAAGCGACUUAUAUCAUGCCUGCCUCGUUUAAAGGAAAGAAGACAAAAGGAAUGGCAAGGAAAUGAAAUGCCAGUGAUUGAACAACUCUAUGUACAUGUGUGGGGAGACGAAAAGUGAAGAGGGGAAAGAAAGAAAAAGAUCAUAUUCACAUACAGUCGGCAAUUGGUUUUUGCCGAAGCCUCUGAAUCACAAUGUGAGUAGGCCCUGGCACCGACUGUGGUACAUGAAUCUUCCAUCAGAGUUCCAAGCAGCAAACUAGGUUUUUACUAAUUCUCGCCUAAUUCAGGUUCCAAGUGCCAGAGGCACGAUUGCUAAACCCAUAUAGGACACAAUAGCUGAUGGCCUAACUACCAGUUCACCCCAAAGUCGAUAUCAAGUAGGCUGUUGUUGGAUUUGUCAAAUCGAAAAUCAAGUCAUGACAGAAUUCUUUGUAUAAAAAUUGCCUCUCAAAGGAUUUGGCAUUCUAUUUCUGUUACGGGAAGCCAUUUCGACGAAUACCUUCAUUUUAGGUAGAGGAUUGUUAACGAGUUACAUUAUUAUGUCGACAAACUGUAUACAAAAUUUACAUUUUUAUUUCAUUUAUAUUGUUAUGCA